AUGGAGCCUAGCGAAAUCUCCACCACAGGCAAUUUCAAACAGUUGGAGCUCUUUCCAUCUGAGUGUGUAGCCGUCGUCCUUGUCGUAGGCUACUUUCUUCUUAUGAGUAGUAUCGGUGUGUUCUCAUGGUGCCGGAUCCGCAAACGGGUGCGUGAUUACAUGGAACAACGACGUACGCGGCGGCCUCAGCGAUUCGAUCGUGAUGAUCACAUGCUUACCAUCAAGUAUUGCGGUAGCAUGAUUUGUGAGUCGCCAGGUUAA